AUGCAGCUGGAAGUUCCCUGUUCUCCAGCUCCACCUGUUUGGCUUCCGAGCGUGCACUCCGGGGCCCCCCACGCCCCCAUCUCCCAGCUGCCACGGACCGUGCCAGAGCAGACCGGGAGAGACGGACAUCUGACGGCAGAGGUGCCGAGGGCGCAGCUAAUAAAAGCCAAAACUAUAAAAAUAAACAGCGCGGUGGCGGCACCUGCCGUCCCACCCCCGGGGAAAGCUGCGGCUUUUCCCGGGGUGAGGGCAGUGAGGUCCCCGUCACUGCGUUGUCCUCCCGGGCCAAAGUGCACAGCACCGCCCAGAGGCCAUGUCAGUUUUCCACCACGAGAGGGCGCCACCGCACCGCGGUUGGGACCUCUCAUGGUGGAAGAGCUGCAGCGCGUCUCACCUCUCUGCCGCAGGUGGCAGAGGUGGGCUGCGCUCGCAGCUUCGCCCUGGGUGUUGAAGACGAUUUUGAGGGGUUACAGGCUGCAGUUUGCCGCUGUUCCCCCUCGAUUCGCCGGCAUAAUACACUCCCAGGCUCAGGGAGAGUCAGCUCGUGUUUUGCAAGAGGAAAUCCUCUCACUGUUAAACAAAGGAGCAAUCUGUGUCGUUCCUCCCGCACAGUGUCAGAGCGGUUUUUACUCCAGGUACUUUCUGGUCCCAAAACGGGGGGGGAGUGGUAUUCGCCCUAUCCUGGAUCUACGUGCUCUGAACAAAUUUCUCAGGAAAUACAAGUUCAGGAUGCUCACACACGCAUCCCUGCUGCGCCUGGUGCGACAGAACGAUUGGUUCACUUCUGUCGAUCUGAAAGACGCAUAUUUCCACAUUCCAAUAUAUCCUCCCCACAGAAAGUAUCUGAGGUUCGCUUUCCAGGGGACGUGCUACGAGUACCGCGUGCUCCCAUUCGGUCUGUCUUUAAGCCCGAGGGUGUUCGUCCGGUGCACGGAAGCGGCGAUAGCCCCACUGAGACAGCAGGGCAUUCGCUUGGCCACAUAUCUGGACGAUUGGCUACUUUUGGCACAAUCGAGGCAGGAGGCCAUGGCGCAUACGCGUAUUCUCACACGGCACCUAUUAGACCUGGGUUUUGUGAUAAACGCGGAAAAGAGCAUGCUGUGCCCGACACAGGACAUAAUCUUUCUGGGAUUAUCCCUGGACUCGGUGAUUUUCACGGCGCGCCUCUCGGCGGAGCGAGUGAGAGCUUUCAGAGCAUGUCUCGCGCUUUUCCAUCCAGGCAAAUCUGUUCAAUUCAGAUUGUGUCUUCGAUUACUCGGACUGAUGGCGUCAGCCAUUCUCGUGGUUCGUCUCGGUCGCCUCCACAUGCGGGAAUUCCAGCUCUGGGUGGCCUCAUGCGGGCUGGAUCCCGUGCGUCAUGGCGCACGGAGAGUGUUGGUUACGCCGGGGUGCGUCAGGGCACUGCGCCACUGGCAAGCCCCGUCGUUUCUGACCCGCGGGGUGCCCAUGGGCUCUGUCCUGUCCAGGAAGGUGGUCACUACGGACGCCAGCCUGACAGGGUGGGGCGGAAUUCACGAGGGCCGGUCAGUGAGGGGCCGCUGGAGUGUGGACCUCCAGCGGUCUCACAUAAAUUUUCUGGAACUUUCAGCGGUGUUCCUCUCCCUGAAACACUUCCUUCCGUCUCUCAUGGGCCAUCAUGUCCUGGUGAGGACGGACAAUACGACGACGGUAGCGUACAUCAACCGCCAAGGGGGGUUGCGCUCUCGUCAGUUGCACAUGCUGGCACGCAGACUGAUCCUGUGGAGCUGCGGUCGUCUCCUCUCCCUGAGGGCGACGCACGUCCCGGGAGCUCUGAACACGGGCGCGGACCUGUUGUCCAGGGGCGCGCCGGUAUACGGGGAGUGGACUCUGCACCCAGAGAUUGUGGAACAGAUAUGGGCCCGUUAUGGUCGGGCCGCGGUGGAUCUGUUCGCGUCAAGAGGAAACGCGCAGUGCGCGCUGUUUUACUCUCUGCGCAACCUGGAUGCUCCCCUCGGCAUAGACGCACUAGCGCACGUCUGGCCGCACGAGCUUCUUUACGCGUUCCCUCCCCUGGCCCUGAUACCCCCCACUCUGUCCAGAGUGAGGGACCACAGCCACGCGCUGAUUCUGAUAGCUCCGCAUUGGCCUGCAAUGCAUUGGCUGGCGGAGAUAUAUCGGUUGCUGUGCGCGCAACCUUGGCAGCUCCCGCUGCGCAGGGACCUGUUAUCACAGGGGGGGGGGACGGUUUUCCACCCGCACCCAGAACGCCUGGCGCUGUGGGUUUGGCCCCUGAGUGGUUCAAUUUGUCAGCUGUGGGACUCCCACAGCGUGUGAUUUCCACUAUACA